GAGCAGAACAUGUGUUCAGACCAAAUUACAUUGUUUACACUGGUGAAACAUGUGUCUUCCUUGGAUUAGUAUAUGCCUCUGAACUGAAUACAUUGAAGACCAAUUAAAGUUGUUGCAGGUGACACAAUGACCAAGUUAACUGAAGUCACCAAACCCAAAAAGAACAUAGGAAAGAAGAAAAAAAUCAAGAAUGCUGGAGAUACUGCCAUUAAAACAAAUGGAAUUAAAAAGAAAUUGAAAAAAAAGAAGAAGCUCUCAGGUACACUUGAAGGAUGUGAGAAUGGAAAUAUACAGAAGAAAAAGAUUAAAGAAAAACUGAAGACAAAGAAAAAUGAUGAUGCUGCUGAGGUUUUGGAGCAGCAGGAAGAUCAGGUUAUGGAUUAUGAGGAGGAGGAAGAGUGGGAAGAGAACGCUGUUGAAGAGGAAGAGUGGGAAGAGAACGCUGUUGAAGAGGAAGAAGUAGAAGAGAAUGAUUUGGAGGAAGAUGAAGAUUCAGACGAGCAGUCAAAGGAGGAGAAGAAAAAAAAGGAGGAGGGACCCUUCCAAAUGGGAAAACGGCUUUUUGAAGACCUAGAAGACCUGUCAGACAUGAUGAAAGAGAAGCUGAAGGAAAAAGGUUUCAAGACCUUGACCAAGUUGCAGGAGAAGAUCAUCCCCAAGAUCCUGAAUGGGGAAGAUGUGCAUGGGAUUAGCUUGAGUCGGACGGGGAAGACCAUGGCCUUCAUCAUCCCCAUUGUUGAAAUGAUGAAUAGGAUUGCGGAUACAGAGACUGGUGUUGGAGCAAUAGUUGUAUCACCUAGUGAGGAGCAAGCAUUGUCAACACAGAAGGUUUUGCAUUCCUUUGUAUGUGACCUUCGCAUCCGCGCAAGAUUGAUGACGGCAGGGGGAAGGAUGGGCAUCCCAUAUAAUCAUUAUGCUUUGAACAUCAUAGUGGGUACACCUGAACAGCUGCUGGAAGUUCUCCCAUUCAGACAAUUCAAAAUGCAGUUUUUAGUCCUGGACGACCCAGAUUCCAUAUCUGGUAUCGGAGCUUCAAGGAUGCUGAAGCAGGUCUUAAAUGUGAUACCAGAACCCAAGCAGACCUUGCUGUUCAGUUCAUCCAGCAGCGCCACCUUGAGUUCCAUCGCAAACUUUGCACUGAAAGCCAAUCCUGUGGAAAAUAUCCCUAGCGACUGGCAGAUGAUGGAUCAGGAUGAACCUGGCCAAAAGCAGCAAGAAGUGACAAGGCCUGACCAGGUGCCUAAUAGCCUCGAGCAAGAUGGCUCAAAGUGUGCUCAGCGGCAAGGAGUCUAUCAGUAG